UUCAUUUAUGGAAUCGUCUCAAAGUGUUACCGCUGAUCUAUCUGUAAGUAUCAGAAGCACUGAUCUCAAAAUAGAAUGGAUAGCACAAUUCAUACUCUUUGUUCACUGGUUCGGGAAAUGAAGCUUGCAGCCAGGCUUAGAAAAUAUUAAUAUUACAGUAAAUUUAGUUUUUGGCAGCGAAAUCCAAAAAUAAAAUUUUCCUGUGGAAAUCACGCAUGAUGCAGCAUAACGUGAUAAACUUUAAUUUCAGCACAAAAUUACCUUCAAUUUCGCAUAAAACUACCUUCAAUUUCACAUAAAUUAAACUACAUUUGUCAUAUGCAAAGAAUCUCAAGCAAUCUAUUUCUACCAUAAUACUGUACGAUCCUUAGCAUACUUACAGUAUAUAUUUUUUACCCAAUAAUACAUGUUCAUAAUAUAGUUGAAUUCUGGCUUUCCUCUUUUCCACUGUCACUCUCUUAUAAUACACUGUACAGUAUAAUACACAAACCUUUUUGAAUAGAGAAAUAUUGAAGGUGCGAAUUUGGUUACCAACUUACCAACAUACUGUACUCUCGUCCUUUAGUCUAGCCAAAAUAUCAUUUUGGCUCCGAUUUUAAUAAUUAUGCAAAUUUACUCAUAGGCGUACCGGGCGGGGGGGCAAUAUUCGAUCAACAGUCGGGCAAUUUUGGCUUGCAAUAAAAAAAAAUGGGACAAAUUCUGUCAAUUUUGUCUAAAAUGAAGUCAAUUUUGUCUAAAAUGAAGUCAAAUUUUUGGCAAAUUUUGUGAUUUUUCGAAAAUUUGUGUUAUGUUCCGAAAGAAAUUGGUUGUCCGGAAAAAUUUUUUGACCCCUAAAAUGGUACACUGACCGAAAUUGUUUUGGCGACGGGCGGUCGCCAAAAUAAUUUUUCAGGAAAAAUUUUUUUGAUACUAGUCGGGCAGAAUUCGAGAAGUCGGGCAAUUUUCUUUCCGCCCCCCUAAUUUUUUCCUUCCGGUACGCCCAUGAAUUUACUUGACUAGUGGCAUGUCAGGCUUCCGCUGUUUUAAAAAUUAUUGUUAAAGCUUACCGUACUAUUGGUGCAUAAACUGCGUUUUAAUUUUAGUUUCCAUCGCGGCUUGGUUCGCAUUCUGUGACUUGGGAAGGAGCAUGGAGGAAAAUUAUGGGUAUUCCGCUACUGGCAUCAUUUGAUAUACGACAACAUGCUGGUUAUUCUCUCAAGUCUUCUGUAAAGGUACAGUACAUGUAUGUUUAUGAAUGAUAUGAUAUUGAACGUGCCAGUGUAAUACCAAUUAUAACAAAACUUCGGCUGAUAGAGAUGCAACUGCUGUACAGUGUAGGUACCUGAAAAAUGCAAGGAGAACUUCGACGUUUCGAGCGAAGGCCGUACUACAGUAAGUUUUUUUAAAUGUCUGUGCUAGUGUAGGUAGUGCGAAUAAUAACAAAACUUCGGCUGAUAGGAAUGCAAGUACUGCACAGUACCUGAAAAAUACAAGGAGAACUUCGACGUUUUGAGCAAAUACUACUACAGUAACUUUUUUUGAACUUUCUGUGCAUGCUAGUGUAGGUAGUGCCAAUAAUAUGAACAAGCGUUCGUUUGUAGGGAUGCAACUACCUGAAAACUAUAAGGAGAAUUUCGACGUUUCGAGCGAAUGCCCUUCGUCUGGAGUAAGGGCCUUCGCCCGUAACGUCGAAAUUCUUCUGUAUUUCCAGGUGGUUGCAUCCCUAUCAACCGAAGUUUUAUGUUGAUGAUUGGUCUACAACAUAGAUAUCUUAUAUACACUAGAUAGUGCAUCUAAUUAUUCUGCAAUUCAAAAAUUGAAGCCGUGAUUGCAGUCUCAGGUCGUUCCCAUGAAAUGAGAAGAUUCGUAUGUUUUCUAUUUCUUAAACAGAGAACUUAAACAUUAAGUUAACCCUAUUCCAAAUACAUUUUUAAACUAUUCAAAUGAUGAAAUUUAUUGUUGUUUUUAAGCGUUUAUUAGCAAGUGGGAACGACCAACAUGGCCGCCAUCUAUUCAAAUGGGGGUAACCGCUGGAAUAUUCUUGGCUUCAAUUUUACUAAAAGAGAUGCGCUAUUUGGUGUACAUAAGAUAUCUAUGGUCUACAAGGACAAAGUUUCUGUGAUUGAUGUUGGGGUGUACCGGAACUAUUAUUUGAAGUUCUGGUCGGAACCGAAUGAGGAUUUCCACCGGAAUUAAUUUAACAGGCCAGAACCCGUUCCGGUAAACCUUUAAUUUGUACACCUACGAUCAGACAAAGGCGUUUUAGAGCAUGUAAAAGAAUUAUAUAUUUAUAUUUUAUAAUUUUAUAUUCUCAUUGGCAUAUGCAUUCCAAUUAAGGGUUCACGCCAGAAAAAAAUGAUUUGCACCAACUUUGCCUCCCAAAGAGUUUUUUAUUUACAGUAGGAAUUAUAAAAGUCGCGCGAAAAUUUGGAAGGGGGGAAUUUUAAUGCGAUCGGGCGUGCGAGAGGCGGCAAAAGAGGGAUAGGAGAAGUAUUUUUUUCGGCUCACAUCCUCUCAAUUUCGCAGAGUGGCAAUAUGCCUCUAAAUGAUGAUUUUCAU